ACCGCGCCGCUCGCGGUAAAUUUAGAACUGUAUGACACUACUUUCGCGUUCAUUCAGUCUAUGAACAUUUUACGUACGUGAAGUUCAGUGGGAAACAGUGAAAAUGACUUCACUAAGAACUGCUAGUUUUCAAGUGUACAGACAUGUGGACUCUAAUACCAGUGAUUCGUCAGGGUCUUCUAGUUCUUCAAGGAAUUCGGAUACUCCUUUGCGAAAAUUCAACCGACUGCUCCGCGCGUCGGUGACACGCCACUGGGCUUACUUCCGAAGGGACAGGCCUGCGCUGCGGACCCGCGGGCGCUCCGUGUCGGAUUCCGGCCUCUGCUCCAUUGUAGACGAUGACCCCGAGCUGGAUUUCCUGACGUUCCCGGCCGUGUCUCCCCGCCGCUCGCUGCAAGCGUUUGGCACCCGACCAAGCAGACCCGCGCUGUUCAUAACGUCGGCGGGCGGGUCGAGCUGCGCGGUCGUCGGCGUCGAGGAGGCGAGCGACAGCGACGAGCAACAUACGCGGCGGCAUCUCCGCGUGCCUACACCGGCGCUACCCGGACAGUCAACCGGCAACUUCGCAUCGGGCGCAGCGGGUGGCGGGUGCGGCGCCCCUCGCUCCGCCCCCGCCACCCCGCUGCAGCUUGAGCCUCACCCCCGAUCUAAGCAUGACAAACAUGUAGUGAAGCCACUGUCAGGCUCGGCGCCGUCCGUGCGCGAGCCGGCCGACGCCGUGGAGGCCGAGGGCGGCAGCAAGCAGCCCAGCAAGUCGCGCCAGAAGAAGUUCCAGCGGCACUUCCCGCAGGUCGGGCCCGAGGAGCGAGUGCUCAACUACUACUCAUGCGCUCUGGUGGGGGAUCUCUUGCUGCAGGGGCACCUCUACAUCACCAAGAACUACUUCGCCUUCUACUCCAACGUGUUCGGAUAUGUGACCAAGCUCCUAAUACCAACGACGUCAGUGCUCCGCAUCACGAAAGAGAAGGUGGCGCGCAUCAUCCCCAACGCCGUCGGCGUGUGUACGCGCGACGAGCGGCACGUGUUCGGGUCCCUGCUGUCGCGGGACUCCACCUACAAGCUCAUGACCCACGUGUGGAAGGCGGCGCGCGUGCCCGAGCGAGCGGCGCCCACUCCACAGGAUUUACGCGCCUCAGAAGUUGAGCUGGAUGUAACGGACUCUCCCGAAGACGACAGCAGUAGCGCCGGCGGCGACCACACACCCGCUCCCCCUGUCCGGAGAGAGUCGGAAGCGAUCAUCACUUCAGCAGUGAUCCAACCGGCCCUGCUGACCGGAGCGCCGGUGCCGCGGCGAGCGGCGCGCUGCGGCCGCCUGCUGCUGCUGCUGCUGGCGCUGGCGCUGGCCUGCUCCGCCGCGCUGCUCGCCUACCGGCUGCAUCGCGUCACCCAGGACGAACAGGACCCGCUGUCGGCGCUGUCGGGCUCGCAGCUGUACGGCGAGCUGGUGCGGUGGCGCACGCGCCUGCACGGCCGCGCCGCCUCCGAGCUGCACGCCUUCCUCACCACCAACCUGCUGCUGCUCACUAAGGUGCGACAAUCUCUAGAAACGCUAUCUGGCGUGAUACUAACGGACAUGGCGCACACCAUGAACGACGUCCCCAACGAGACGGCGUUCAGUUAGCCCCCGGGAGGCCGGGCUCACGCCGGAGCGUAGGAGAACAUGUUUGGAUCCAUUAGGAGCAAGAACAGAAGAAAAAACAACACCCAUAUUGAAAUAAAACUUCAGGUCAGACGGGACGUAAUUAUUCAGAUGCUCAGAAGACAUCAAUUUGAUGUGCUUAUGGUUGAAAAAAGAGAAGUCAUCUUUAAAAACAAACUAAGAAUAAUAUCGCUCAGAAAACACAUCAAACAUACUCGCACAGGUCAAAAGAGGCCCGAGUAAUCUACGUCAACGCUUAGAAGAUGAUACAUCAUAAUGGGUGUGUUUUUGGGAUUACGAUUUAUAGUUAAAUAAAAAACGAAAUAUUGCGAUGAGUGACCUGGAAAAGUAACGUGAUAACGUGAUCUCAAAAGGUUUUAACUGUUAACAAUAUUAUCUUGUACGAAAUCACGAAAAUAUGACCCGCGAUUGGCGAAAAACUUCACUUUGAAGUCUUCAUUCCGAAGGUGAAAGAAGACCUAGACUGAUGGAUUAUGUGGUAUUUUACGCUUAUGUUUAAGGGCAGGCUGUCAACUGCCGUGUUAUUUAUUUGUAAUUUAAUAUAAUUUAUUUCUAGAAACCAGUAUGUGUCGCAGGUUACACCAAUUUAUUUUAAAGCAUUUCUUUCUUAAACAAAGCGUGCGUGAAAAGACACACGCAGAAUUUAUUUUUCAAAUAAACGUGCAAUAAAGUGGAUAUAAAAACAAUUACCCAACUUUGCCCUGGAUAAUUAAUAUUAAUACCAAUCCAUUUCCAUCCAUUGAAUACAAGAAAAUAGACUGUUUAAUGUUAUGAUUGUAAAACAGUCUGACGGGCAUUAUUCUCUAGGGCAAAAUGGUCACAGUAUUUAAGUUUUUAUCAAAUCAUAAUUCAUUAUAAUUACCCUUCGUCUGUAAUGUCUAAUUUAUUGAUAAAUAUGUGAUUAUUCAUGUAUGAUAGUAUAGGUUUAUUGGAACCAGUUUGGAUGUCUGCAAGGCAUUGUCUACGUCAUAUUUGUGUCAAACACAACACUUAGAUAAGGGUAGGGUGUUUGGGAUAUAUCAUCAUAGUCACAAUUAGAUUCAGUUAUACCGUUUCGAACUAACUUUUUCACACAAUAACUUUUCAGUACUAAAAAUUAUGUCCAGUAUGUGUUAUGUGUAUUAUCUAGUGUUGGCCGAAACGUUAAUGCAAUUAACCAUUAUCCAGUACAAAUUGAACCAUAAACUGUAACCGUCCGUUACGGUUUACGGUUCAAUUUGUACUGGUUAAUGGUUAAUUGCAAUUAACGUUCGGCCAACACUGGUUGUAUUGAACUCAACAUCACAUAUUCGCGAAAGUUGUCAUGUAACUGAUGUUCGUUUUAUACUGGGUUCAUGUAUUUGGGCUGCAUUACGAGUACGCAUGGUUCUGCAAUUGACUCAUCUUGAGGAAUAUGACCCUAUGAUUUAAUUACUCAUUAGACCUCUUUGAUAAUAAUUUAAUUUUAACUUAUUAAGAGCAUUGUGUGAUCAAUUUAUGAUUUUCUACUAUUUUUAUUCUUUGUAUUUGCAUUUUUAUUUAUUCAUUUCAUAAGUAAACUAAAAAAAAAAUAGCUCAAAAGUUUAGUUCGCCGCGGUAAUGGAAGAGCAUUUACUGUGUUUACGUAAUUGUGAAUGUGAUAGAUCGUUAGAGCGAGGUGCUAGUAAUGUUAGGAUAGGACUACAGACAUUCCCACAGACAAGGCAACAAGGACAAGGUACGAAUUAAUGACGGUAAAGGGUUUUUUUACCCUCGUUUCAUCUACUAAAUAAUUGAUCAAAAUACGGCUACGGUUUGUCCACUUCUUCAUUUAACCCAAUGAGUUUUUUCCCUUAUGUUUUAAAACGGCGGAUUGCCAUGCCAACUCAAAAACAAACAAAGAGAACUGUCAAACAUUCCACACAAACAAACUUGACGAACUAAGAUUACAGUUUAAUUCCUACGACAAAAAACUCAUUAGGUCAAUUGAUUUUUGGACACCGAAGGAGCUCAAAGUUGAAAUUAUUAUCGAUGUCCAAAUAUUAGCUGUUAUGCUAAUCUGUACAUUCUACCUAAGACAGUAAGACUGUUAUUUGAAUGGAUUAUUUCGUUAGUACUUGGCCAUCGCAAAUGAUUUCGGUUUGAGUGUGUUCGCAUUUCUUGCCAAUCAUGUAGAUUGAUUUAUUUUAUUCAUAAAUCUUGUUAAUUAGAUCUUUAGUAUCAUAGCAUAUAAAUGAGCGCCAGUUAUCUAAAAACUCCAAAUAUAAAUUGCCAUAAGUAUGGCAAAUGGAAGUAAUAUCACACAUCAUAUGUAAACACAAACAGAAAAUAUACUUUUUUUAUGCCUCGGUCUAAAUAUGAAAUAGUCGGCUAACAACAAAAGCUCAAGCCAUAAAUAAAUAGGUAUAUUAUCUCGAUAUCAUACUACUCGUAGAUGCGAAGUCAUUGAGUGUUUGUUGUCAACCGACAACACACCUGCAUUGUCAACCUAAGUUUAAGAUGCGGAACGUGAAAAGUUAAUUAAGUAAUUUUCGACAUGUUUAUUAUCUUUUUAUAGUGAACUGUUAUCUCCUGUUUAAUUAGGCUCGGGCUAUAUGUAACAGUUAUAUUCUAGUCUUCGGCGAAAAAGCUCAAGGUGCAAAUCGGUGUUACUAGCGUACUUAUUGUUAGGUUUCCAUUUAUCUGUCACAAGCCAGGUGUAUGCUUCAUUUGACACAAAUCGGAAUAAGGUAAUAUCUGAUAUUAGACGCCCCUAUUUUUGUGUCGAAUUGGCAUAGUUCAGGUUGAACCAGAAUUCAGGGCAAAAAUAAAACUGUUAUAGGUCCAAACGCAAUAUUACUUUUUCAUUUAGACAGCAUUUUUCACUCCGAUUAAUGUAUGACAUAACGACUGACUUUUCAUUUUUCCAGAGACAUUUACAAACUAAGUAAUUUAAAAUAACAGAAUGUGACCUAUAAAUGUGAUGUUUUUGUCCUAACAAUGGUGCAUUUUGAAAACGGGUUUAUUGUUUAUGUACAUAGCUCAUUAACACUUGAUUUCCCUUAAAAUAAGUAUAAGUGUACUCGCCCUUUGCAACAAUCGUGAAUUUUAAUGUUAUUUAAUCAUUUAGUUACACUAUAAUCAAGUGCUUUCUUCUAGUUAUACUUGGUGUAUCUGUGUUUAGCAAAUCGCUGUUGGUUUUGUAAAAUUCGCUCACGGAAGAUGUUUGUUAUGGAAGGCCUAAUUUAGUUGUACUAGGUUACCGCGGUGCCAAAGUUUGCGCAAACGAAACCGUUACCUGCUGCACUGGGUCCUAAGAAUACCUAGGUUUGUUACAGUAGAAGCCUACUUCGAUGUAUGAGCAGUGCCCUAUCACAAAGAUAUUUUGUUUUUCUUACCAACAACAGAGAUCUCCGCUGGUCACCUGGCACACUGACAGGUAGAAUGAGUCGCUCAUAACACGACAGAUUUUAUUGCAAUAAGACAUAGGCAGUUAGGCACAUAACCGCCUUCGUUUAUAAUUUCGAGUUGGUAAAAUUUUGGACUGAAGAUGUCAUCGUCAUCGAUAUUCAGUUUCUCUAAUUGUUUAUUUAUUGUUUGUUCUAAUGUAUGAAUGGUCGCAUCUUGACCGUAUUUGCCCAAAGAAUCGGUUGCAUUUGUUUUUCAGAAUAGAAAAACGAAUGCUGAACCAAAUUUGUACAAAGACGGCCAGACAUUUUGACAACUCGCAACAAUUUUCAGUAAAGUAAAGUAUUUCUUUGUGAUCAGGGCACAGCACAGGUAUAUUGCAAGUCCAUUUGUUAUUUAAGAUCGCUUCAAUUCCAUUCAAUCACUCGAGUCAGGAAGGAGUAAUCAUUAAUAUUGCCAAAGACAAAACUAGACUAGUGGAAAUAUCAAAAUGUAGCUUAGUGAGGUUUGUACAAUAGCUAGGUUGUAAGUAGGAUAAUGUGAUUAUUAUUAUUUUUGUGACUUUUUUUAGCAAAAUGUACCACUUUGCUGGUUGUCAACAAAGUGGACUUUUGUUUGCAUCUUUGUUUUUAAUUGACAGAGUGUUACCUUUUGACCGGAAACUUUUAUGAUGCGUUCGGUUUUAGUGGGUUGGUUUUUUAAGGUUCCUGUAUUUAAAAAAAAAUUAGAUCAUUUAACUUAGAUAUUGUAAAUGAAAUUAAACAUAAGGUACCUGACCCAUGUAAGGCUUAUUUUUUUUUAGAUACAUAAAAACAACUGUGUAUUUUAAGAAAAAAAAAAAAACUAAAAUUUACUAAAUUAUUUAUUGAAACAUCGACAUAAAAUGUUACCGUUUUUGUAAAAAGGAUCUAAUAUUUAAAAAAAAGUGAGCUUUGUUAGGCACUUACAUGCAUCCGGUACCUUACCAAACAUCAAUAAAAUUCAUUAAAAUGAAUUAGUUAUUGGUAACAGCUCACUAAACCCAAACAAGCAUAGUGCAUUGUUACAGUGUUGCAAAUGUUUUAUUGUGUUGGAUCAUUUCUACAGCGUAGGAAUUGUUAACUUGGUUGUAUGUUCGAUAUUUUCUGUAUCUGUUUAGAGUUGUGAUUCGUUUAUUGUUUGUUUAUUGUAAAUAAUAGAUAAAUUUCAGUUUAUUGAAUAUCAACAUC